AUGACCCAAACGAUCCGAUCGGUCUACCUGGUGUUGUGCUGCCUAUCCGCGGGCGGCGGCGACGGUGCGCGAGAGGUCGCCGUCGAAUCCCUCGUUUCCAGCACCGUCGACGGACUGCCUGAACCGCUUCCACCGAGCGCCAACGCCAGCCCGCUGAUGCUGCCGACACAUCACUACGUCACCAUAGCCCCUAGCGUCGAGCCUUACCGACACUUAACUGCUCCAAUAGCACACGAGGAUUGGAGCAGCCAAGUAGUCUAA